AUGACUGGACAUUUCUGCGUAGAUAUUCAGCAAGAAGGCGAGAGCAACAAAGCAGGUCAAGGGCUAGGUCUGCUCCAUUGGCUCGUCUCAGGCAUCUAUAAUUUGUCAGGAAUGAAGGAAAUAUAUAAGAUGAAGGUGCAGCAUGCACAAGCAGCCGGAAUUCUAAACCUAGUUUGUGAGAAUCUGGUAUAUUUGAAUGAAGUAAAGAAGAAUAUGGUUGGAAAAGCAAUGACAUCUGUAGCUAAAGAAGAGAAUGUUGAGUUUUUGUUGCGAGUAACAAAGGCAAACCCAGAAUUAAUCACGCUAGUCAGUUUUGGCCAGCCAGACUUGCCCAUUUUCUUUGACGCUGUUGAAUAUCGUAGAGCUGAGAUUUUCAACCUCCUCUGUGGUUUUCGCUUUAAGAAUGUGGUGGCGACAUUAGUUGAUUUGGAGAACUCAAAUACCUUGCUGCAUGUGGCAGCUAUGUUGGCCCCUUCUUCCUACCUUAAUCGGAUCCCUGGUGCCACAUUGCAGAUGCAAAGGGAAAUCCAAUGGUUCAAGGCCGUCGACAGUGUGGUGGAUGCAGGAACUAGGCUAUCCGUAAACACGAACAUGUUGAACCCUCUAGAAUAUUUCAAAGAAAACCACAAAGAACUUAGGGCUCAAGGAGAAAAAUGGAUGAAAGAAAUAGCAUCUUCAUGUUCAGUUGUUGGCGCACUAAUUAUUACUAUUAUGUUUGCCGGAGCAUUUACGGUUCCAGGAGGAAACAAUCAGAUUUCAGGAUACCCAAUAUUUAUAGAGAAAAAAUUAUUUAAGGUUUUCUUAAUUUCAGAUGCAAUGUCCUUGUUUUCGUCCACUACUUCUAUGCUCACAUUUUUAAGAAUCCUCACCUCAUGCUAUGCAGAAGAAGACUUCCUUUACUCUGUUUUUGAUAAUUCCUUUCAAGAUAUGAUUGAUGACUGUUUAGGUCUUUCUACACUGUUUUUGUCUAUUGCAACUAUGAUGAUUGCCUUUUCAGCAACCAUAAUGAUCAUGUUACAAUAUAACUUAUCACGUUUAUGGGUUACUCUUCCUAUUAUUGUGCUUGCUGGUAUUCCAGUAACCAUCUUUGUACUAUUACAAUUCCCUCUUCUUGUUGAAGUAACUUCUUCCACUUAUGGUCCUGGCAUCUUCAAGAAGGUGGAGAAGUGGCCAUGA